AUGGCGUCCGUGUCAGAAGCAAACAGUGGAAAUAUGGCGACUCACCAGCCUGAGGAGAAUCGUGAGCAGAGAUCAAAUGAAGAUCAUCCGUCGGGAACGCCUGUUAAUACUUCAACCAGUGAAGAGCAAACAACUUCCAGUGUUUCUAGAGAAGCCCUUAGCUCGAGUAGCUCAGGAUCCGAUUUGGAAAUCGCUUCGAAGGAAUAUCGAACUUUUGAAAAGCGUGCACCAACGUAUUCACAGAGAUUUGGCGGCCGCGACCGUGUGGUAAUGUGUCGUUAUAACCCGACCCACAUGUUCGACAUACUCGAAAUCGACAAGCAUCAAGAAAUUUGCAAGGAUCGCCUCCGUCUCGAAAAAUAUGGAUGCUGA